UCCAUCUCAGUGGUAGAGGAGGAUAUGGUGCAGCAGCUCUACAUAACAGAUGUAAAGGCGGGAGGAUUGGCCUUCGCUAGAGGUCUGAAUGCGGGCGACGAGAUCUUGCAGCUGAAUGGGAAGGACUCGUGCAGUCUGAAGUUCGGGGACAUGAAGGAGGCGUUCUCCCAGGCCUCUCUGUCCCUGACCGUCAACACUCUGCCCUCUACGGACCGACGACAGAUCUGUUACCUGCCCCCCCGACGCUCUGACGCACAGGAAAACCUCUACACAGACAUCUUCUCUAUGAGCCAGGAGGAGAUUCUGGAUGACGGGGUUGGACUGAUGCUGGAUAGUUCUGGAGACAGCCUGGACGACGACUCUGAGAUCUUCUGCGAGGCAGACCGAUGCAGAAAGCCUCCCAUGUCUGCCCUGAAGAGGAGCAAGGGCUCCUCAGAGUCCAUCUCUGACACGCUGCAUCUGAGUACAGAGCAGGUCGCAGCAUUCUGCCGCAGUCUCCAUGAUAUGAAUCCGUCUGAGUGUGCCACGACCUCCUCGUCCCCCAGCCCGGACUCGCACUUCCGUCCCCCUGCCACCGGCACCGCCAGCCGCCAGCUCUCCGACGCCGACAAGCUACGCAAAGUAAUCUGUGAGCUAGUUGAGACGGAACGCGCCUAUGUCAAAGAUCUCAAUUGUCUCAUCGGGAGGUACUUAACCCCGCUGCAGAAGGAGACGUGCCUCACUCAGGAUGAGCUGGACAUUCUGGUUGGGAACCUGCCUGAGAUGGUGCAGUUCCAGGUGGAAUUCCUGAAGACUCUAGAAGACGGCACCAGAUUGGUUCCAGACCUGGAGACGCUGGAGAGUGUGGACCAGUUUAAGAAAAUCCUCUUCUCUCUAGGAGGGUCCUUCCUGUACUACGCAGACCGGUUCAAGAUCUACAGCGCGUUCUGCGCCAGCCACACCAAAGUCCCCAAGGUGCUCGUAAAGGCUAAGACCGAUGCAGACUUCAAGGCGUUUCUGGAAGAGAAAAACCCUAAACAGCAACACUCCUCAACCCUGGAGUCCUACCUGAUCAAACCCAUCCAGAGAGUCCUGAAGUACCCACUGCUACUGAGAGAGCUGUACUCACUGACUGACCCCGACAGUGAGGAACACUAUCACUUGAAUGUUGCUAUGAAGGCCAUGAACAAGGUGGCCAGUCACAUCAAUGAGAUGCAGAAGAUCCACGAGGAGUUUGGGUUGGUGUUUGACCAGCUCAUAGCGGAGCAGAGUGGAGACAAGAAAGAGGUUGCUGAUCUGUCGAUGGGUGACUUGCUGCUCCACACCAGCGUAGCCUGGAUCAACCCUCCCUCCUCCCUGGGCAAAUGGAAGAAAGACCCCCAACUGGCUGCAUUCAUCUUCAGAACAGCCGUGGUGUUUGUGUGUAAGGAUGGAUCCAAGCAGAAGAAGAAAAUGGGUGGCUCCCAUCGAGUGUCGUCAGUCUCGUCUGAAGACAAGGACCCAUUCCGCUUCCGUCACAUGAUCUCCACAGACACCCUCCAAGUCCGAGCCCUCAACAACCAAGACGGAGAGGGCUCUGCCGUGUGUGAGAUCGUCCACGUCAAGUCCGAGUCAGAAGGACGGCCGGAGAGGACAUUCCACCUGUGCUGCAGUUCUGUGGACAGUAAGAAGGACUUCCUGAAGACAGUCCACUCCAUCUUAAGAGAUAAACAACGACGUCAGUUGAUGAAGACAGAGUCUCUACCUCCCAACCAGCAGUAUGUCCCCUUUGGAGGCAAACGCCUCUGUGCCUUGAAGGGAGCCAGACCUGCCAUGAACAGAGCAGUGUCAGACCCGGCGAGGACCCUGGGACGGAGGAAACUGGUGAGGAACCGUUUCACCAUCGACACGGACAUCAUCUUCGACGGCGAGCCGGACCAGGAGUCCCCUCUGUCUCCACUGUCUCCGGAAGAGCCUGAGGGACAGGGACAAAGGGAAGGACAGGGAAAGGAACGGGGGGAGGUGCAGGCAGGGGAUACAGACCGCUGGGUGGAGGAGCAGUUUGACCUGGAGCGCUACGAGGAGGAGCAGGAGGCGCAGAAGGAGGUGAAAGGAGGAGGAGACGUGAAACAAACAGAGAUCCUUAGUGGCGAUGAGGAUUUGUACCUGUCUGUCAGAGGACCUUCCACUGAAUCACUAUCCAACACAGACCUAGAGGGGCCUGUAGUUGCCCUUUCCCUGGGAGAGGAAGGCCAAGAGAGGGGCCCUAAACAUCCCCAGCCCCAGGGAGCCAUGGAGACCACCACCCCAGGGAUGAGACUUUCCCACCUGGGGAAGCAGUGUGACCUAGCUGGGAUGAGUGUGGAUGACCAGGGGCCUAGGGAGGAAGGUGAGGACAUCUGGCUACGCAGGGAGAACUGUCCCCCGGACUCUGGUGCUCAGACACUACAGAGCUAGACUACAAGACCAGCAGACAGUUACAGACAGUGUGUCUCACCACUCAGACAGAGAGCUUUACAUGAGUUACAAAUGGCACCCUUUUCACUAUUUGGGGCCCAUAAGGCUCUGGUCAAUAGUAGUGCACUAUAUAGGGAAUAGGGCCCUGUCUAAAGUAGUGUACUAUAUAGGGAAUAGGACCCUGUCUAAAGUAGUGUACUAUAUAGGGAAUAGGGUUCUAUAGGGCCCUGGUCUAAUGUAGUGCACUAUGAAGGGAAUAGGGUGCCAUUUGGGACGUAUCCAUGAGCUUCAAGAGAUGAUCAGUGAACAAUCAAUCAAUCAAUCCGCACCCAUCAAUAAUCCAUGUGCAUAGAUAUGCAUGGCACAGCUACUUCAAGCUGCUACAUCGCCUCGUCAGUUUACUCGAAAGCCUUGUAGUGUACAGAUAGACUGGGGAACCUCAAACUGAAGCCCACCAAUGGGAGCAAUACUGGAAUACAGGGAGGGGAGGGGUCUUAUCGAAUCAACCAAUCACAUGGAGACAUGGAGGGGUCUUAUCCAAUCAUAUGGGGAUGUGGAGGCCAAACUGUGAGAGACUGACUGGCUGGCUGGCUCACUGUCUGACAGUACAAUCAUGGACCCUAAUCAAUACUGUUGAUUGGCAUGGUUUGCACAUUGGGGCAGAUUCCUGGGGUACUAUAGGUUCCUGCUCAUUGUUGUCAAGUGUGCGUAUUUGUUUUGAACACAUGAAACGCAACGUGACCUACUGUUCCCUGAAGGAGGGAAACGAGGUACAACAUACUAUGGGGAGUCGCUCUUCGGGUGAAGGAUAUAGAAUCACGCCUGACAAGGCCCAAUUACAUCCUCUCCUUGCUGGAAGCCACACCUUCCACAGGUGAUAAGUGUGAUGCUCAGAUGGAUUUCUUCAUUUUAAUACCGCUCUUCAUCGAGCCCAGGAACGGGCGGUUCUGGGCCAAACAGGUGUUGUACCUCGUUUCCCUCCUUCAGAAAACAGUAGUUAUAGUCAUAACGUUACGUUCCCUUCCAGUCAGUCAACUUUGGUACAACAUACUUAUGGGGAAAUAUAAUCCCUCCCCAAGCCAACCCUAACGGAUACUAAAUGAACCUGACCACACCAGAUGCGGCAGUCUGGGUUUUGCGUAUUGCGCAGCCUAGUGACUUUCCCUUGUCCCAGCCGUAAGCACAUUGUGUGACAUCCAAGCGAUAAAACCUCACAAGUGUGUGGUGAUGCCCAACUAUCUCCUAUAGUCAACCCCUGGAGUGGGCGCGUACACCGCUAGGUGACCCCUGACCCCUUGCUGCUAUAUGCCAGAGAGAUAGACUCCAAAAUCCAGUGGGAGAGACGCUGCUUAGAGAGCCUCCUGCUGGAUUAGCAAAACAGGAAGAAAGAAAAAUGCUGGUCACAUAACCGGAUAUCCCAGGCCCGUUCAAUAUACGUGUGUAAAGUUCGCACCGGACACAUGGCAUGUAACCUCCGUUGCUCUUCAGAAAGCAAACAGAGGAGGCGAAAAGUGAAAAUAGCUCAAACGCUAAGGAUCUGUAGGAGAAAAGGGCGUAUUUGGACGCAACUUCACCUUAGAGUCGCCAGGGGGAACUGGAGAUCCCCGACACAUUUAGCCAAAGCCAUGAGCAGGGAGGUUUUGUAGGCGAUGAUCUUCUUCUACUCUCGCUCUCCCCUCUCUGCUCGCUCUCUCUCUCCACUCUCUCUCGCCAUUCUCUCUCCGCUUGCUCUCUCUCUCCACUCUCUCCGCUUGCUCUCUCUCUCUCUGUCUGUCUCUCUCUCUCUGUCUGUCUCUCUCUCUCUGUCUGUCUCUCUCUCUCUCUCUGUCUCUCUCUCGUAAUGUUGCUUCUCACUCCAGAGGCUCAAAGGGGGAUGUAUACAGCGCCUCCAAAACCAGUGCCAAAUCCCAUUUGAUCGCAAUAGAUUUAGAGAUCCGUCUGAACCCGCACCACCAGAAGGUGAGUCCCGGUGAGGCUUCGUCAAUCCCCACAUGACGCUGAGAUAGUAGACAUGUACACUUUUAAAGUAGAGAAUGCCCCGAACAGCUCCUCUAGGAACAUACGGAUUUCCCUCACAGAGCACUGAACAGAAACAAGUCCUUUAUCUUGACACCAGAGCUCAAACGCUUGCCACUUAUAUGCAUACAGCCCUCUCAUGGACGGUGGAGCCCUUACAGACUGAAUGUCAAAUCAAAAUCAAAUGUAUUUAUAAAGCCCUUCUAACAUCAGCUGAUAUCUCAAAGUGCUGUACAGAAACCCAGCCUAAAACCCCUAACAGCAAGCAAUGCAGGUGUAGAAGCACGGUGGCUAGGAAAAACCUCCCUAGAAAGGCCAGAACCUAGGAAGAAACCUAGAGAGGAACCAGGCUAUGAGGGGUGGCCAAUCCUCUUCUGGCUGUGCCGGGUGGAGAUUAUAACAGAACAUGGCCAAGAUGAUCAGCAUGGUCAAAUAAUAAUAAUCACAGUGGAUGUCGAGGGUGCAACAGGUCAGCACCUCAGGAGUAAAUGUCAGUUGGCUUUUCAUAGUCGAUCAUUGAGAGUAUCUCUACCACUCCUGCGGUCUCUAGAGAGUUGAAAACAGCAGGUCUGGGACAGGUAGCACGUCCGGUGAACAGGUCAGAGGUCCAUAGCCGCAGGCAGAACAGUUGAAACUGGAGCAGCAGCAUGGCCAGGUGGACUGGGGACAGCAAGGAGUCAUCAGGCCAGGUAGUCCUGAGGCAUGGUCCUAGGGCUCAGGUCCUCCGAGAGAGAGAGAGAAUUAGAGAGAGCAUACUUAAAUUCACACAGGACACCGGAUAAGACAGGGGGGGGGGGGGCGGCAACCCAGACAGGAAGAUCACGUCAGUGACUCAACCCACUCAAGUGACGCGCUCCUCCUAGGGACGGCAUGGAAGAGCACCAGUAAGCCAGUGACUCAGCCCCUGUAAUAGGGUUACAUUUACAGUUGAGUUGUCAAACCAUUUACAGAGACAAACUGAUAUCUUUCUGACAGAUAAGAUCUAAACCAGGCCAGAACUUGUCCGUGUAGACCAAUUUGGGUUUCCAAUCUCUCCAAUAGAAUGUGGUGAUCGAUGGUAUCAAAGGUCUAGGAGCACGAGGACAGAUGCAGAGCCUCGGUCUGACGCCAUUAAAAGGUCAUUUACCACCUUCAUAAGUGCAGUCUCAGUGCUAUGAUGGGGUCUAAAACCAGACUGAAGCAUUUCGUAUACAUUGUUUGUCUUCAGGAAGGCAGCGAGUCGCUGCGCAACAGCUUUUUCUCAAUUUUUUGAAAGGAGAUUCGAAAUAGGCCGAUAGUUUUUAUAUUUUCUGGGUCAAGGUUUGGCUUUUUGGUAGCAAAACAAUUCAAAAGUAAACUCCUAGCCAUCAGAUUGGCCCUGUCAGUGUCCAGGCCCAUAGGAUCCAAAUCUCCUGCCAAACCUGUCCAAACGAGAGUUGCCACAGGUCUCUGCCUAAAAGGCAAAUCAUUUCCCGCGAAACCAAGGCUGCCUGGGCCAACAGGGAGCCACAAUAAUGAAUGGUAAGCCCUCCUUGUGCACCUUCUCCAGUGUGAAUCAGAACCGCUGGCGGAAAUGAGUAAAGGAGAGUUCGAGGCCACUGGUGUGACAUAGCGUCCGUUCCCAACAGACCGCACUGGUCCCUCAUUGAGUAAAAAUAGACAACACUGGUCGUUUUUUCGCUAUGUGUAAAGAUCUCCGUCGGCCCUGUUGAACCUCUUCCAUAUCUGGGCAACAACAGUACACUGUCAGAAGUUCCAGGUGAGUCUCUUUGAAAAGAUGCUAGGUGAGAGGGACACGCCGAACGGGAGUACUAAAAACUCAUAAGCUAUUGCCUCAUAAUGGAAUCUCAGGAACUUUCUGUGUGACUCGGGUACAUGGGCACAUGAAAGUACGCAUCCUUAAGGUCGAUGGUGCUGAGCCAAUGGCCGGGGACACACGGACUGUAACAGCCGCUGGUUUGUGAGCAUCUUGAAUUUGUGAACUCUGCGAUGUUUGUUCAGGGCACGGGGCACGCAUGUCUAGAAUGGGGCGUAAACCCCCGUCCCUUUUUGGAACCAGGAACCCGCCGUCCUGAGCUUUGGACAGAGGAACCACUCGUAUUGCCUGUUUCUGGAGCAGGGAGGAUAUUUCCUACCUUAAUACUGGUGCUGAUGCCAGGGGAACUGUUGAAGUGAUGACGCCGGGGUGGGGGGGGGGGGGGGCAGGGGGCGUACAACAAAUUGUAGCCUGUAACCCAACAUUACUGUUCGCAUUACCCAGGGUGACACUGUACAUGACGCCCCCUGGUGGUCUGGGAGAAAUUGUUUAUUUUUUAUCUCCUUAACAUGGUCUCUGAAAGUGGAGGAUGUUUUACUGAACUGUGCAGAAUAUACAACACUCUUGAAACACAAUACGAUGUGUUUAUGUUUCAAACGUUUGCCUGGAGCACGGUCCACUCUGGGUAUGGGGUGCUUCGGCCAUCUGUGACGCUCCCCGAUUGGCCGUGUCACCGCGGGUGUUUGGGGGGCGGCUGGCAAGGUAGGACCCGAUCCCACGCCACCACCUAUCCCCGAACUCGGUGCGCGGGGGCUGUCUCCUUCCCUGCGAGGUGGCAGGACCAUCCAUCACUUCGCUUCCAGGGGCGACUGUGCCAGGCAGACAGGCAUUGCGGUUAAAGCCGUGCCUAGCUCGGGUCUGGUAGACCUGCAGCAUAGUGACAGAUGACAGGGAUCAGCCACCCCCACUGCACUGUACACCUUCUCCAGCUGAGAAGCCCAAAAGUGACAGUGUUUGUUUGUCAUGCCCUUGUUUGUCAAUGGGUCUAGGUAGCUAGCUUCCUAGCCAAUCCACCAGAGGCGUGUGUACCAGCCCCAACCCCUUUAUCCCAUCCAAAUCCAUGACGGGACCAAACCCAUCCAGAUCGUUGAAAGGGGGCCCACCCAUCCAGAUCGUUGAAAGGGGGCCCACCCAUCCAGAUCGUUGAAAGGGGGCCCACCCAUGCAGAUCGUUGAAAGGGGGCCACACCCCAUCCAGAUCGUUGAAAGGGGGCCCACCCAUCCAGAUCGUUGAAAGGGGCCCCACCCAUCCAGAUCGUUGAAAGGGGGCCACACCCCAUCCAGAUCGUUGAAAGGGGGCCCACCCAUCCAGAUCGUUGAAAGGGGGCCACACCCCAUCCAGAUCGUUGAAAGGGGGCCCACCCAUCCAGAUCGUUGAAAGGGGCCCCACCCAUCCAGAUCGUUGAAAGGGGGCCCACCCAUCCAGAUCGUUGAAAGGGGCCCCACCCAUCCAGAUCGUUGAAAGGGGGCCCCACCCAUCCAGAUCGUUGAAAGGGGGCCCCACCCAUCCAGAUCGUUGAAAGGGGGCCCCACCCAUCCAGAUCGUUGAAAGGGGGCCCCACCCAUCCAGAUCGUUGAAAGGGGGCCCCACCCAUCCAGAUCGUUGAAAGGGGGCCCACCCAUCCAGAUCGUUGAAAGGGGGCCCACCCAUCCAGAUCGUUGUAAGGGGGCCCUCCCAUGCAGCAUCUUUUUUUUAUUCAACCCUUAUUUUACCAGGUCAGUUGACUGAGAACACAUUCUCAUUUACAGCAAUGACCUGGGAAAUAGUUACAGGGGAGAGGAGGGGGGAUGAAUGAGCCAAUUGGAAGCUGGGGAUGAUUAGGUGGCCAUGAUGGUAUGAAGGGCAGAUUGGGAAUAUCGUCAGGACACUGGUUUCACUGAUUACGGGUUGGACAUGGUUGUUGUCAGUUCUUCUAUGAAAUCUGGAAACGGGUAGGUGGCACUUGACUGUGGGGCCAGGUACUUCCCACCAAACAUCCCACCGAACCUCCCACCGAACCUCCCACCAAACCUCUCACUGAACUUCCCACCGAACUUCCCACCGAACUCCCCAACGAACCUCGCACUGAACCUCUCACCGAACUUCCCACCGAACUCCCCACCGAACCUCCCACCGAACCUCUCACCGAACUUCCCACCGAACCUCUCACCGAACUUCCCACCGAACUUCCCACCGAACCUCUCACCGAACUUCUCACCGAACCUUGAUGACUUCUGCCGUGGGGGUUGAACACGGGGCCACUUCACCUCCAAAAUGCAUAGCCGCCCUGCGGCAUAGUUCUGUUACCUCUAUUCCCGCAGCGUGAGGAGGUUGCGGUCCCGGAACUAAGUCCUCUUCGUCAUCCGAGAGACUCCCGAAGUAGUCAAGAGACACCAAGUGGUCAUCCGAACCUGGGCCCUGUAUGUAUAACCAGCCGCCUUACUUAUCCCCCUGUAUUAAAGCUAGUUCCACCUGUUCCGACCAUAGCCCCAAGUCUCUCUCCGCUUCCUGCACCUCCGUCCCAGCAGUUGUGUCGGCAUCCGGGAAGGAAAAGUUGCCAUCGGUAACACUACGCUUCCCUCAAGAAUGCUACAUGUAUUUCCAGGGAGUUCGCCCGCAAUAUGUGGCGAUGGGUGUAACGGAUGUGAAAUGGCUAGCUAGUUAGCGGGUACGCGCUACUAGCAUUUCAAUCAGUUACGUCACUUGCUCUGAGACUUCAAGUAGGGUUGCCCCUUGCUCUGCAAGGGCCGUGGCUUUUGUGGAGCGAUGGGUAACGCUGCUUCGUGGGUGACCGUUGUUGAUGUGUGCAGAAGGUCCCUGGUUCGCGCCCGAGGUCGGGGCGAGGGGACGACGUAAAGUUAUACUGUUACAUGGGCACACUGACUGGUUGGAGGGAGGGCCACCCGAGCUCCAAGCCGAGACAAACUACUCAGAAAUGAUCUUUCAGAGAAAUACUAUAACCGUUUGACUGGGGGACUAUUUAGUUGGGGCAACGUAACGUCUCGCUUUCCAACUGUUUGUUUUAGUAGCCUGAAUCGGUCCUGUUCACAUCGAGGCGAAGAGCGGAAUAAUUGAAGGAGUGAAUCCGAGCUUCGGGCUUUUCACCUGUGGAAGGUCGGAGCUUCCAGGGAAGUGCGGAUUUCGUUGGCCCUGUCAGGCGUAAUUGUAGAUCCUUCAACCGAAGUCGCGAGUAGUGUAACGACCCUGGGUUUAUAAGCACGGAAAUGGAUUCUGCCUCACGAGCAUGCUUUUGCGGCACAUUCGAUAGCACACCGGACCUCGGGCUCGAGACCUGCUCCCUGCCUGUUUCAUUACAGUAUGUUGAACCGAAGUUGACUGACUGAAAGGGAACCUUGUCUGAGAGACGGCUUUUGUACCAUAGUAUAUUAUCUGAAUCCUUCCAGAGAUUAAGGUUUGAGGACAGCCUCGUCAAGUCUUGCAGCGUCUACUAUAGUUGUGUGUUUUCAUUUUUAUUCUAGCAACACAGAUGCGUUUUUUGGAGCAAUUUACUUUCUUGGUUUUGUAUAUAAUUUUGACUUCCUGUUUUGAAAAACCGAAACCAGGCUAGCUUUUUAGUCUUACAACUAUUUGGUUUGUCUUCUCUGAUGACAUAGAAGAGAAUAAUGAUAUUUUAUUAACCCUGUCUUCACUGAGGCUAAGGGAAUUGUGUUUUAAGUUAACAAAAUCCUGUUUUACUUGAAUUGUCAUAUUAUUAAUUUGUAAUCUUUUUUCGUCUUUUUUUUUUGGGGGGGGGGGGGCAACCAUGUUCCUUUACUGCUCUUCAUCCCCCCAGUUAUAAUUACUACAUUAUCUUUGUGAUUACUCUUCAUUCCCCCAGUUCUGAUUACUACAUUAUCUUUGUGAUUACUCUUCAUUCCCCCCAGUUCUAAUUACUACAUUAUCUUUGUGAUUACUCUUCAUUUCCCCCAGUUCUAAUUACUACAUUAUCUUUGUGAUUACUCUUCAUUCCACCAGUUCUAAUUACUACAUUAUCUUUGUGAUUACACUUCAUUCCACCAGUUCUAAUUACUACAUUAUCUUUGUGAUUACUCUUCAUUCCCCCCAGUUCUGAUUACUACACUAUCUUUGUGAUUACUCUUCAUUUCCCCCAGUUCUAAUUACUACAUUAUCUUUGUGAUUACACUUCAUUCCACCAGUUCUGAUUACUACAUUAUCUUUGUGAUUACUCUUCAUUCCCCCAGUUCUAUAAUUACUACAUUAUCUUUGUGAUUACUCUUUAUUCCCCCCAGUUCUAAUUACUACAUUAUCUUUGUGAUUACUCUUCAUUCCCCCCAGUUCUAAUUACUACAUUAUCUUUGUGAUUACACUUCAUUCCACCAGUUCUAAUUACUACAUUAUCUUUGUGAUUACUCUUCAUUCCCCCCAGUUCUAAUUACUACAUUAUCUUUGUGAUUACUCUUCAUUCCCCCAGUUCUAAUUACUACAUUAUCUUUAUGAAUACUAACUCUUCGUGCACAUUCUUGCUGGGGACAUCUUGCACAUGCAUUCAAUAGUCUUUUUCAGUUAAGAAAUUAAAUCUUGCAGUUCUCUGUCGUUCACCACCGAUAAUGCAUUAUCAAUUGCCUUGAUUUUAUUUUUUUCAUCUAGUGAAUUGGUGUUGAUGAUAAUUUGCCACCACAACAGACCCCCCCCCCCCCAGAAAAUGUAUUUCUCAAAUAAAUUCCAAACUUGCUGGAUGCAAUCAAGAUGGCGAAUAUGUGUAAACAUAAAUACUCCAAUUAUAAUAAUACUAUUAAUAAUUAUAAUACUUGUGAAACAACCCAUUGUGCUACUGAGACUACAUUUGUAUUACUCUGUAUGUAAAUAUUACAAUGUGUUGAUAUCGUAUCAAAUAAAUUGGUUUCCUACUUGUCAUUUA